AUGAAAAUUUAUGAAGAUAAAGUUGAGCAAUUCAAAUCCACAGUGUUAUCAACUGCAGCAGGAAUAAUAGAGUUGGAUAAAUACCUCGGAGAAACAUUAAUUGACCGUAAAGAUGAUCCGUUAAAAUGGUGGUAUGAACGAAAGCAUAUUUAUCCUCAUCUGUAUGAAUUUGUUAUGAAGCGCCUCUGUGUGACAGCAACUAGUGUUCCUUGCGAGAGGAUAUGUUCAGAAGCUGGACAAAUUAUUACGCAAAAAAGAAAUCGCUUGAACACAAAAAAAGCUUCACAGUUAAUAUUUUUACACAAUAAUCUUUCUUCUUAA